AGCAUGCCUAUUUACUGGGUCGCACUGACAGAAGUGAAGAAAAAGUUUCGAGUCACUGAGGAGCAGAUCAAUCUCACCGUCGUGGCGUACUUGGUCCUACAAUCGCUAUCGCCAGUGUUUUUCUCUACUGCAACUGAUUAUGUCGGUAGACGUCCAGUGGUGCUGGUGUGUUUGGCGGGCGGUCUUGCAAUAAAUAUUGCUCUUGCUGUCUCGGACGCAUACUGGAUGAUCAUUUUGUUCCGCUGUCUUUUGGCCUCCUUUGUUUCGCCGCUUAUUAGCAUCGACUCCUCCAUCGUUAGCGAUUUUACCACCAGAAGGGAUCGUGGUGGCUACAACGGAACAGUGAACGGAUUUCUCCUGGUGGGCCAGGGUUUGUCGCCCUUUUUCGGUGCUCUGGUCGACAGUGGGUGGGACUGGAGAGCCAUCUUCUAUUUCAGUGCCAUAAUAGACGGCGUGCUCCUGGUUAUCGCAUUUAUCUGUCUUCCCGAAACGAAACGGUCCAUCGUCGGAAACAUGUCGGUGAAGCCGGACCACUGGUAUCAUAGGGCUCCUGUUCUGCUUUAUUUUGGCAAGAGGCUAUCUGAUACAUCAAAAAGUACCGUGGAGCACAUGGAACUUCCUUCAUACAACCCGCUUCGAACAGUUAUGAUUAUGCGAUACCCGCAAGUGACCAUGGUUUUGAUCCCCAGCUCUGUGAUUUUUGCCACGUGGACCAUGUCACAAGCAUCGCUUUCCACAGUGCUUUCUGAGUCCUACGGGUAUUCGACUUUGAAAAUUGGUCUCUGCUUUUUUGCUUCCGGAGCAGCUACAGUUCUCGGAGCCAUUACAAGCGGCAAGGUUUUAGACUUUGCCUACAACAACGCUCGCCAGAAACAGUUGAGAUCUGACAGCUCCAAGCCACUCAACAUCAUCAAGGCAAGGGUGCAGUAUUUUUUUAUUCCAUCGAUAGUUUGUGCAGCUUCGUCAGUGGUAUUUGGCUGGUGCUUCCAGAAAAAAGAAAAUGUGGCCAUCAUUCUUGUCAUGACAUUUUUAAUCACUUUCUCGACCAUGUUUCCGAUGAACGCUGUUCCCACGCUGCUGAUCGAUAUGUUUCCGGGACAGUCCGGCUCUGUUGCAUCGCUUAAUAAUUUGGGCCGCUGUGGCAUGGCUACCAUUUUCAUGGCAUGUUUGUCCAAGAUGACCGCAUCUAUGAAGCUCGGCGGCACUUACACGCUGAUGGCGGGGCUCAUACUGCUCGGAAACAUUUCUGUGUACGCUCUUCUCGCAAGAAGCUCUAAAAUUCUCGCAGACGUUGAAAGACGUAAGCAAGAGCUCGAUAAUUAAUAACAUGGAUUUCCUCUGUUGGAGAACCAAGAUAGAGAUUAUGAGUUGUAUCAGUCAUCG